AUGAGAAUUCACAAUGGAGAGACCCCUUUUACCUGCAAACUGUGUGGGAAGAGCUUCUCACUAGAAGGAAAUCAUAAGACUCACAUGAAAAUUCACACCGGAGAGAAGCCUUUCACAUGCCCUCAGUGUGGAAAGCGCUUUAGACAUAAAGUAUCCCUUAAAAACCACAGGAGGGUUCACACUGGAGAGACCCCUUACACCUGCAAACUGUGUAGGAAGAGCUUCUCACUAGAAGGAAAUCUUAAGACUCACGUGAGAAUUCACACUGAAGAGAAGCCUUUCACCUGUGAUCAGUGUGGAAAGAGAUUUAGACAUAAAGGAUCCCUUAAAAGCCACAUGAGAAUUCACACUGGAGAGACUCCUUUCACCUGCAAACUGUGUAGGAAGAGCUUCUCACAAGAAGGAAAUCUUAAGACUCACAUGAAAAUUCACACUGGAGAGAAGCCUUUCACAUGCCUUAAAUGUGGAAAGAGUUUCAGACAUAAA